AUGACAAAAUUGAAAGCGCUUCCGCACCAAAUCGGCAGUCACAUUACACUGCCAGUCAAAGCUCGGAUCUUACGUGAACACAGUACAAAUAUAAAUGAAGCCGAUGAAAAUGAAAAGAAUUGGUGGUUGAAUAAAGGUUCUUUAGGUUCUCUAGAUGUUGAUGAGGAAAGUUUUAGCAAGAGAUGUAAUGUCAGUUUACAAAACGAGUUGAGAAGAUUAAGGCCAGGAGGUUUUUUGACUAUCGUAACCAUUAUUGAGUUACCAACUGGCGAACACGAAGCUACAGGCUUCGAAUUUUCUCAUCUGUUUAUGAAUGUCUUCAAUAAUGCAACACCGCAAGAUAGUUGCCUAAAAUUUUGUCGGGUUGCAACUCCUCAGCAGAAUCCAAAUGCUACAACAUUUGAUGCAAUUGAAGAGAUUGAGUUCGGAUUUGUACAUGCCAAUGGCAGGGAGAGUUAUUUUUGCACUGGUCCUCAUAAGAAAGGAUUACAAUCAAUUGGAGCAGCUAUCGACUUAUUUGAUAUUCAACAAGUGAUUUUUCCAAAUUGA